GAGGCGCAGGACGCGCGGGCGGGUGGCGGAGAAGCCCCGAGGGGCCGCGGAGGAGGAGGACGACGACGAGGAGGAGGACGAAGAGGUGGUCGUCGAGGUGGUGGACGGCGAUGAGGACGACGAGGACGCGGAGGAGCGCUUCGUUCCCCUCGGACCCGGCCGUGCGCUCCCCCGGGGCCCGGCCCGGGGCGCGGUGAAGGUAGGAAGUUUUAAGAGAGAAAUGACCUUCACAUUUCAAUCAGAGGACUUAAAACGUGACUCCAGCAAGAAGAUAUCUCAUCACUUGUUCCCAUUGGCCAUGGAGGAAGACAUGAAAACAGUGGAUACCAAAAAAGCCAACCGGAUCCUAGACCAGGAAAAAGAAAACACUCGAUCCGUUUGCCUUCUCGAGCAGAAGCGGAAAGUGGUUUCCUCCAAUAUCGAUGUUCCUCCAGCAAGAAAAUCUUUGGAGGAACUGGACAUGGAUAAGGUGACUGCAGCAAUGGUUCUCACCAGCUUGUCGACCAGCCCUUUGGUUCGCAGCCCUCCCGUUCGGCCUAAUGAGUGCCUCAGCGGGUCCUGGAAGGAAGGUGCUCCGUCCAGCAGCAGCAGCAGUGGCUACUGGAGCUGGAGUGCCCCCAGCGACCAGUCCAACCCGUCCACGCCCUCCCCACCACUGUCGGCUGACAGCUUCAAGCCCUUCCGGAGCCCAGCUCCACCUGAUGAUGGCAUCGACGAGGCGGAGGCCAGCAACCUGCUCUUCGAUGAACCCAUUCCCAGGAAGAGAAAGAACUCCAUGAAGGUGAUGUUCAAAUGCCUCUGGAAGAACUGUGGCAAGGUGCUGAACACGGCAGCAGGCAUCCAGAAGCACAUCCGGGCCGUCCACCUCGGGCGAGUUGGGGAAUCUGACUACAGUGAUGGCGAGGAGGACUUCUACUACACAGAGAUCAAGCUCAACACGGACGCAGUUGCUGACGGCCUGAGCAGCAUGGCCCCAGUUUCGCCCUCCCAGUCCCUGGCUUCACCUCCUGCGUUUCCGGUCCAAGACUCCAGCCGAACAGAAAUCCCUUGUGCCAAAACAGAUGCUAAGCUGGUGACGCCGCUGAGCCGCUCAGCCCCCACCACCCUCUACCUCGUGCAUACUGACCACGCUUACCAGGCCACACCGCCGGUGACUAUUCCAGGAUCGGCUAAGUUCGCCCCCAAUGGCAGCAGCUUCAGCAUUUCCUGGCAGUCUCCUCCAGUCACUUUCACGGGCGUUCCGGUGUCUCCAACACAUCACCAUCCAGUGGGCUCAGGAGAGCAGAGACAGCAUGCCCACGCGGCCCUGUCCUCCCCGCCCAGAGGGACAGUCAGCCUGAGGAAGCCCAGAGGAGAAGGCAAAAAGUGCCGCAAGGUUUAUGGGAUGGAGAACAGGGACAUGUGGUGCACCGCCUGCCGCUGGAAGAAAGCCUGCCAGCGAUUCAUCGACUGAGCCAGGAAGCAGGCUCGCCCCAGCCAUUCCUGCCUCGCCUUCCAGAGGAAGCCACUCUCAGCCCAGGGAAAGCCCUUCCUGGAAUCCCAGGAAUAUGAUUCCUUGGUGGAAUUAAAGCAAAAAAAAAAAAAAAAAAGAAGAAGAAGCAAAAAAAUUAGGACCUGCACUGCUCUGAGAACCAGGCUAGAGCAGCAAGAAGGACUUUUUCCAUUCAAAGAAAAGCCAGCUUUGUUUGCUGUCCAUCUGGUCUUAAAGCUGAUCUUCUGGAGCAGCUUAGCCAACCAGGCCCAUCUCACCUAGAGAGAAGCAGAUUUUUGAUAAGCUUUCUGAACUGUGGCAUUUUCAAGUUUUUGACACUUAAUAUGCCCACCAGCUACACAACACACCCAUAAGCUAUGAAGUAGCAUUUGUAUAAAGGAUAGUACCUGCCUUGUGAGUAGGCAUUUCCCCGUUUUCCAGCCAACUCCCUGGAGCAGCCCAGAUCAUGAUGUAUUUCAAGAAAGAGCUAUACUCUGGGUGUCUCUUCUCUGUCUGUUUUCAAGAAGGACCCCACGUGGAACCCUGUAAAGAUGUUCACUUGGAGGCUCUGGAUAUCAUAAGGCCAGCAGUGAUGGGCAGUGGGGUCCGGACCCCAAGCCGCACUGCAGAAAGCACGUGGGAGUCGUCCUCGGGAUCCCAAGCGGUGUCACAGCCACGCCUCUGCCCAGCACAGAAGCGAGCUGGCACCAGGAACAGUCGGGUAAGCCUCGAUGCUUCUUUGAGGGAUAUCACACAAACUGCAACCUGGAUAGUGUGCCCGGCUCUGUAGGCAGGACUGGGUUAUCAUCCUGCUCUCCAGCUCCACCAGGUAGAGGACGCAAGACCCGCCCGCACGUUCGCUUGGAGCAGACCACAGCUAAGAUGCCCCUGAGUGUGAGAAAAACCCAGUAAGGCAACAAGCCAACUUCUAUUCUGUGUGCACUUUUAUAGAACGCGUGCUUUAUGUGUUCUAGGGGACAAGCCGGUGGGCACGGUGACAUGUGGAUAAUGGAAAGCUAAACUUUUUUUUUCUUAUAGAAAUAUUGGAACUAUGAAUUAAGAAUCUGCUCAGACACUAACUUACAGAAUGCCCAAAGGAAAACACACCUUGGUAUAGGACUCUCCAUUCAGUAGGGCCAGGGCUCACACUGGGUCCCAGCUGUUGGAUGUCUACACUGGUGGGCUUGGCUGUUUGGGGGGCGGAGCUUGGAGAGCAGCCAAAGCCCUGUCCGUAUGCUCAUUCUCCGCCUGCCCGGCUUCGGAGCUGAGUGUCCUGUACCUAUGCAGAGUAAGCACCUUAUAGGAGGCACGGGGUGGGGAUGGAGAACAGGUGUCAGCCAUACGAAUGUUAAGGGAAAUUGCACAGAGGGGAGCUUAAUAUAUAUGUUUAAAGACUGUACAUAGUACUUUUUUUACGGAGUAGAAAGAAGUCAUGUAGUAAUCAGAGUCACCCCUCUUUUUACGUAAGGGGUAUAUAUGGAGGUUCUGCAGCGGAACACCCUUAAUUGGUGCGUUCAUGUAUUUUGGCAAUCUUAUUUUUUAAAUUCAUGUGGCUUUUUAAAAGAUUAUUUCUUGAAAGAUACCUUGAUCUUUUCCUUCAGAUAUUUAAAAGAAAAACAAAACACUUAUUUCAAAAGAAAAGAGAAAGCUUUAUCUGAUCCCCCAUAGGUUGAUGAUCACCAUCAGCCACACCAGCUGUUCUAGAUGUUUUGACCUGCAACCAGGAAGCCGAAUUUUGUUUUUGAAAUGCUGAGAUUGAGUUCUUUGCCCUGGGCAUGUCCUGUAUCCUAUCUCUUGUAGCCUCACUGCUGGAACCGAUGCUCUGGCUAGUCCAAGAGGCCCUGAGCAUCGUGUAGGUUGUCAUGGUCAGCUGUUAGAUCAAGUCCACCUCCCUCAUGCUUACAUAAUAGAUGGACCCUAGGCUAGAGAUUUCCUCUUCAGCAAAGCUCCAGAAUUGUUCUUUAAAUCACAGAUGAAGACUUUAAUCAAAAUAUUAAAGUGAUGCAAAGUUAAAUCCAUCUUCUAGAGAGAACUUGAGGAUAGAGGGAGGCUCUCUGCACGAGAGCAAUCCUUAAGCAAGGCGCUGUGGCUGUCUCCCCAGGAGACCAGCCCAAGCAAGGCUCGGUCAUUCCACGGCUGCUCAGAACACAUUGUCAGCCAAGUCAAGAAACCAAAUACCGGACCUGGACACCUCGUUCUCCCUAAAGCCUUCGUCAUAGCAGCUUUUCUGCAUCUUCAGCCCUGCCUGGGGCUGUGGUCUACAGGCCAGCUUCUUCUAGGCACUUCUUCUCUUCUGGCUUCCAGGUGCACACACAUCCUGAGUACAGUUCUGGACAGCAUGCCCGUUCCCUGUGUGGAAGGCUGUGACCCCAGGGGACCAGAAAGCUCUGAAUUGCAACAUACAGUUGCCGAUUAUAUGAAUUACCUUUUUUUAUGCGUUACAUUUUUUUAAAUAGUUAUUUUGUUAUUUGGAGAACCAAACAAAGUGCCAAAUGAAGCCUGACUUUUCAUUUGAUGCCAACUCCAUGAAACGAAGCUUCUGGUGCCCACAUUUCUUGGAGAAACAGGGAACGGUGCAAACCAUCUCAGGCAGGCAGACUGCUGGGCUGAAGCUCUGAGCACCCUCAGGGCUGAUAGCCCUAUCUGCAACAGGAUUGACGGUGCAGUGAACUCGUGUCCAAUGGAAAUAUCUGAGUUUUUUGUUUGUUUUUUUUCCUUGUGUUGAUGCCCCUUCCUCCAAAAACAGAUUUCUUGUUUCUCCCAGAGAAGGCAUGCAUUUCACAGUGACUGACAGGACAUUCUCCAGAAAGAAAUGUGUGCAACGGGCAGUAGUUUCCAGCCUUAGCCUUCCCAGAGUAUGGACACUUAAGCUUGUGAAAGCCAGAGAGACAACAUGGAGAAAACCCCCAGGUAGCAAGCAUAUCAAGGAGGCAUUGCAAAAGACCUGCACACUCCUGCCUCCCGCUCAUGGGCUGCUCAGCCAGGGACGCUCAGUGUCCGCUGCAGAUGUCUGAAACGAGAUGGAAGCUGCUUUGUCCAGGGGCCAUCCAACAGGCUCGCCCUUCUGCCACCUGUUCUGUGCUGUUUCUCUGUGGAUUGGUAAAAGCCAGCGCCGGAAACAAAGCAAUGGGUUUCCAAACUGGAGUGGGCUUGUAGUACCUGAUGACAGCUCCAUUUCCAAGAAGUUCCCUUAUAAGGUAGUUCCCUGCCACCUGUGACAGAGCUGCGAAUGGACAUUAUCAACAGAGAACAGCACUGGUGGUAAACCCUGAGCUUUCCAAAAAAAAAAAAAAAUUCUCUUCAGAGAUGGUCACAUGUAUGUUGCAAAAAAAAAAAGAAACCAAAUUGUUUCCCAUCGCAAUUCAAGAAGACGCGAGUGGAAGUCUGCCAUCUCUGCUAGCCUAGCGUGUCACAUUUUCGCCAGAAGCCCUGGACUUCAAGUGAGCGGCCCUGGAAGAGUCCACUUCAUCUCUCACUGCAACUGCACUGCAAGACAAAGGUGGCGUUCACUGGAAGGUUCCGAGAAAAGAGGCGAGAGCGACACAUACGAGGGUAUACAUUGAACACAGUAGCAGAAUUCUGUAAAUACUACUCAUUAUUUCCUCAGGGAAACGGGGAGGAUGUGCAAAGACAGAUCUGGAGAACCCCCGAGACUGAGAAGAUUUUUAUUGUCUCGUCUUGUCAAAUCAAGUUGUUUUUUUUUUUGUUUGUUUUGUUUUGUUUUGUUUUUUGUUUUUUUUUUUUUUUCAUGUAAACUCAGUAUCAUUUCAAGACAAAUCCAUGUCAGCUGCACAGGCAACUUUUGUGAGGCAUGGCAGAUGCACCCAUGCCUAACUGUCCUUUUAUAGCCAGCCUAAAGCUGACUGAUGUUUGAGCCACACGUGCAGAGCCUCCUGGGUAUUUCUAGACAUGGUGAGGCUUUCUCUGAAUGUAAUUGUGAACAAAAAGCCUUGCUGUUCCUUGUGGUAAUCUCCCGGUUUGGGCAACUGUUUAUUAGCUAUCCACAGCAUUCUCUAAGUGAGAGAAAGCUGUACACGACAUAUAGUUUGCUUUGGUAGCGGGUUAAGAAGCACCCUGCCAUGGACUCUUAUGGACAAGGUGCUGCUUUUUCUCACAUCCUGUAGGAUUGCCACCACCCACGUCAGCUGUAGCAUUGAGCUCUGUGACCACGUACAAAUGGGUGGAGCCAGGGGACCCAUCAAUACGACAGAUAUGAUUGGGGGGUGUGGGUCAUUUCGGAGGGCGUGUUAGGCACAGUGAGUCAACCGGAAACUUUAUUUCUGUCAGAGAGAACCUACCAGCAGCUCACAGGCUCCCCUGAUCCUCCUCCCGGUAGAGAGUCCUCCAUGUUGCAACCAUUUCAUCCUGUCUUUUCUGCAUUGUAAGUAGCCAAGUGGGAAGUUAGUAAAUGAGGUUAGCACUUUUAGGUACCAGUUGUCCUGAGUAACUGCACGUCAACAGAGCAAGGAAGUAUGAAACGUACUCAAGACUGACUUGCUUUUGGUGACUGACUUUGAAAAGGCCCAUUUUCAAUGAUAUAAUGCUUUAAAGAGUGUACCUGUCACAGGACCAGGAAGGCAACGUGGGAAUUUUACCUCCUGUCCUGUUCUGUAAAUAGUUCCCUUUUUCCGAAGACAAUCUCAUGUUUUAUAACUUUCGUUGUGUGGGUCUGAGAAUCACAAUGGUAAUGUGUUAUGGUAAAUGUAAUCUUAAAUACAAUAAUAAUUACAACUUAAAUUUCCAAAUGAAAGAAAUAAUACCACUUAGGCUCCUGCAAGAGACAUGACACUUUUAUAAUAAACAUUAGUACUUAACUUCUCAAGUUUAGCAGAACUGGAAAUAUUUUACAAGAUACCGUGUUUUAUAAUCACAGAGAACAUGAACACUUUGUGGGAAAUGACCUUGGUUUUAUACAUUGUAGCUUAUUUUUUAAAACGCAGUAUUUUAACCGGCAGGAAGUGUAGAUAUGGUACACAGAUCCUGUUCACCAAUCCAAGGGCUAUGCCUCUUUUAAGCAAGUGUUUUGAUGUGUAUCUUUUCAACUAACCCUCCAAGCAAGGGUAGAAAUGCAGAACAGAUAGAAAGGUUAUUUGCAAGAGAAUCCAUGCAGCAGCAAUUACUCCCUUAUCAUAACCAGUGUGUUUUCAGAGCAUGGGGGGCGGGGGAGAGUCACGUGAAGAUUCACUUCCUAUAUUGUAAAUGAAAAGAUGCUAGCACACAGGCUUCCGGGCCAUGGAAGAAAUAUCGCUUUAGUGUGAAACGAAUUCCCUUACGAGUUUUCGCCUGUCAGAACUACAUCUCUACGUCUUUUGGUGGAAAUGUCUAAAAUCGGAGUAUGUACACCCAAGAACUCUUAAGCAGUCAACACCAGCUGAAGAAUUUCGACAUCAGAACAACUGCUUUGUUUUACUUUUGUUUGUUUUUCACUCUGAAAACCUCACAGGCACCCAAGGUAGUGAGCAAAAAGUGACAGUAUUCCCAGGGGACAUAGGAAACAAGGAAGGGAGCUACACAAAUAGCAGUGAGCUUUGCCAAGACUAUUUUAAGCUGUUCACAUCCUCAAGCCCACUCACUGUUAAAGAAAGCAUCUUUUCUCCCCAAGAGUUUGUUGACUCGGAAAGCUAGCCCAGAGUAGCCAGAGUCUGCAGAGCCUAUGAAAACAGAAGCCGAGGUGGGCAGAUGGGUACCUGCUGGAUAAUUGGCACAGCGCUCAGAAGGCCCGCUCGGGUUUGGCAGCAGCUAGCCUUUCAUGCUGCCCCUUGGGGUGGCACAUCUGAGAGUGUCUGAGUACCCAGCAGGUGUUCAGUGCUACACGGCUUUGAACUGUGUGCAUCUUACUGUGAACGGAAGCCUCGUUACAGGGGCUGCACCAGUGCGCGUCAGGACAAAUGGUUUGUGGACUAGGCAGCUGACAUCUACUGAAAAGGAAGACCCACACUCAGCUUUUGACAAUCAGAACCCACAGGCAUCACGCCAGGUUGCUGGGUCCAAAUUGGAGGCAUGGCAUCACCUGACAAUUAAAUGUUGACCACCAACAUACAUUCUUGGCUAAUACUCCAGACCAAAGAAAAGCUUUGUGGGGCAGGGGCAUCCUGUGGCCAUUGGUUUCAGCUGUGGAAGUCAAUGCCACAUCCCUUGGCUAACAGGCCCAGUCCUCCAUGAGCACCAGAGACACGUGGUGGCACAAUCUGAGCAGUAGACAUUUCGAAAGAGGAAAGAAGCUAUUUCUCCCUAGAGAUUAGUCUCAUGGAAGAAAAAAUAGAAAUGUCGUAUCUUUAGAUUAGCUUUGGCCCUGAUCAGAACGUACUGAGUUUUAGCCAGCUCAGGCAAGAGCUGCCUCCUGGCAUACCCAGGCACACUCCACAGUACUGAAUAGCUCUAACCCUGAUUCUUACUGUGUCUGCUACCGUGACCACUGUGAUGAAGGGCUGGCAAAUAAAAAUAAAAAUAAAAAAACAGUCUUGUGCCUUUCUGGAGGCAGCCAGGUGUCCUGAAGCUUUAAGGUGGCACAUGGUUCCUCCUGUGCCAAUGCCCUCUGCCCUCACUCCAUGCUCCCCAGGCCAUCCCUCUCCUUGUUUCAUUUUACAAUUUCACCUCUGAUCUGACAAGGUCCUUGCUUCAGAACUAAUAGGUGCUUGGGUGUUUUCAGGUGUCUGUUCACCUUAAAGGAGGUUUUUCCACUUAGAAAACCAUAGUAUCUUUGUCUGAGGGCGAAAUAAAAAUGAGAAUAACUAUGUCGUGUAAGAAGGGGCGAUCAGGUUAGACUGUUUCAUUGUUCUGAGCAACUACAUUCUUUUAAUUCUUCUUGUCAUAUUGAAGUCCUGUUACAGGAUAAUUCUGUAUGAUAAAGUGUGUCUCAUUCAGACGUUAUUCUUUUUGGUCUUUAUAAGAACCUAGUGUAGAAAACAAGUACAAGCCAAGACAUCCAAGCCAAGACAAGGGUAGUCUUGAGCCCAUGAUUCAGCACUGUCAUUUUGCCCGCAGAGACAGAGGAAAAGGCUGUCUUGGCUUUCUUCCACUGUGACUCAAAAGCCAUGGAUUCCCAAGGCCCCCAAGUUCUCAGUCCAGAAAUAAAGAGCACACAUUCAUUCGUGUUACUAAGGGGAAAUUUAAUCAUCCCCAAAUGUGUCCCCAUGUUUACUUUGCUUGGUCCCCAUGUUCUGUCUAGCAAAAUGGUAAAGAUAGGAAUUUAUUAGCUAAAGCAAUAUGCUAAAUAAAAAGUUUGACUUCUUGGGUGAAGAAAUGUUUUACUGCUGUCCUUUAGCUUUUCAGGCUAAAUUUUAAAUUGAUGCCGGAAAAUAUAAAAACCAGCUCAAAAUUACAGUUUGCAGAACCAAAUGAAAAAGACCUAUAAACAUGCUGGAAGUGCCUAGAAGACCAGUUAUGUCAUGUUUAGAUUUGAAUGCAAUUUAAAUAAUGCUGGCAAAGUUUGAGAUUGCUUCCACUGGAAAUGAUUAAGAGGCUGUCCAGUAGGUGAAUGAACUUCAUCUCAGGUUGCCAAGGUGAGCAUCUUGAGUUCAGAGUAAAGUGCUUACAAAGAAUCUUGUCAUGGGACUAGAAGGAAAUAAAUAAAACAAAAAGCCAACCAAGGAAAUAAAUAAUACAAAAAGCCAACCCUAUAUUGGCCUGUCACCUAGUUCAUUAUCAGGGUUAUUUAAGGCUGGGAGUCCGGAUGGUUUUCCCUUUUCUACUGUGAUGGAAAGGCAGCCCGUUGUGUAGUUUUACGCCUGUCCUUGACAUAGAAAUAACCUAGUGUUAGUGAACAAGAGCAAAGCAAACAGCUAGAUUUUGAAAUAAGGUUCAGGUGAGAAUCAAAUAGCCAUUCUGUUUUGAAUGUUCUAUCGCAGUGGGCAUUAGCCAUAGAAUUGUAACACUCCAAAGAUUAUUAUGCUACAAGACCAUUACAGAUCAAUCCUUGAAGCUGAUUAGCUAUUUUGCUGUUUUACUAGGACCAGCUUCUCCCCAAAAUGUUAUUUAAGAAAAUUAGCCACAGUAUAACCUGGCUGUCCCUGAGAAAGGCAAGAGAGCUCUCUAGCAUUAAAGAAGGAAACCUUUGUGGAAACAAGGUGCCUCCUCCAUUUACUUCUCCUGUAUUGUCUCAGUCCCUGACUGAAGAGGGAAACCAACACUCGAGAGAAGACAUAAAACUUAAGUGAGAGUCUGAGGGACCAGUCCCCACUUAGUUGCCAUUUCCACCAUCUUGGCAGCAGCAUGCAGGUUGGCUGGUGGACAUUUCCUUCCUCUCUUCAUCUCUCAGCCCAGAGGCCAGACUCAUUUCCAGAUCCAGGGAUGGGCCAUUCUUGUUCCUUGAUUGCUUAAUGGAUGCUUUCUCUGCCUUCGUUGCUCCAAGGCAUGGUUGCUCGCCCUUAUCUUGCUCAUUUUGCUCGGUGAGUGGCUACCCUUCCUUCAUGGGAUGAACAGAUGUAGUGUCCUGGAGGUAUCCACCCUGCCACACUCAAUGCCAGGACGCAGCGGCUAAGCUGUGUCUUAGAUCGCUCCUUCUGUUCACCUACCCAGAGCUGAGGGUCAGCGGGGCAGUGGGAUCUGUUAGAAUGGACUUAAUACUAGAUCCUACCGGCUCUGGCUUCCACCUGAGGAUUACAGUGAGAACGGGGCUGGCCUUCACUGUGUGAUGAAGGAGUACAAUUGUUCCUAUUUUGUAGCUCUGGAAAUUAAAAAUGACUCACUUUGUUAAACAUUCUUUCCUAACCCAAGGAUAACCCCACCUUUUAUUUCUGGCACAGGCAACAAGACAGAGGGAAAAGGAGGCACACUGAAGGCUUGUGGCUACCCUUGGGUUUGAGUUACCCCUCAGGAAUCCAUCCCCGGAUGGGGAAGGAUGGCUGAGCUAACAGAUUAUAAUCAGAAGGAUUACUCUUUUAGGCCCUUUCUCUAUAUCCUUAUUGGAAGUCAUUGGCUGUGACAUGGCAUGAUCUCAACUCCUAUAUGUCAUCACAGCUUCAACUUCCAGUGUCCCAACUGGGGAAACUGAUCACUGGGAGAGAGCUUCAAAUGAAAUCUGAACGAAAUCUUUCAUUCAGAAAGCACAUGGUACCUCCCCAAGCAUACUACUUCCAAGACCUCCAUAACUAAAAAUACCCUGGGUGUACAAACAAGACAGGCCUGUGGAUUAUAUAUAGCAUAAACAUACCCUUACUCCAUAUUUUCCUGCAGUACACCCUGAAAUUCCUAUUUUUGUAAUUAAUGGUUAGACUGUGGUCAAUCACUUAAACGCUCUAUGAAUUAACUAGUAUAGUUUCCAAAAUAUUUCAUAUCAUAGUCCUAUAUGCAUGGAAGAACUCAGGGCAAGAAAAGAAACGCUAGCUCCCAAAGGGUUCAAGACUAUCAGCAAAAGUGAAUGAAGGUUCUGGGAGAGGGACUAUUCGCUGCCCCUAGUGGUGGUAAUUGCUGUUAAAGGUAAGCCAUCUUUUGAACUCUUUUCUUCACCAAAUCUAAAACAUUAAAAAAAAAAAAAAAGUUACCGAAUAUUUAAAGUGGGGUGGUGGGUAAUUAGUGGAAGUGGUGUCUGUAGGAAGCUUUGCUCAUAAACCGAAGGCCAGGAAGCGGUCCUCUGGGGGACACUGGUGUUAGGAUGACAACGGCGAGCAUGGGCAGGCACUGGUUGAGACUUAGCAGCAAUGCUGUUUAGUGUAUAGAGGUCUUUUGAGGUCCAAUCUUGCCAUCAUUUCAGGGCUUAGUACUUCCUUACAAAGUCUUUAAUAAUGAAUGAAUGUAUAAAAUUAUAAACUAUGCAUUUUCAAAGAGAAACAUGUAUUUUAUAUCAAAUCAAAGUACUUUUUUCAUAGAGACUUAUCACAACUACAGAUUAUUCAAAAUAAAUGAGAAUACAAAUCCUCAUAAGGGUGUGGGAUGCCUUUGUUUUUCUCUCUGAUGGUUUCAAGACAAUGCAUUUAGACUAAAACUUUGGGCUCAAAAAAUAAAACAAAAAACAAAAAAAGGCUAGCCAGUACAGUGGAUGAGGAGGAUAGACCUUCUCCUGAGAGGAGAUCACACACAAAGUCUGCCCAGCUCUUAGAGGUGGAUGCUUUAGUAACACUGCAUUAACAGGGAAAUAAGGACGAGGGAUAUGGCUCAAAGGUGGAGCCCUUGUCUUGGCAUGGGUGAGUUCCCCGCACCGUAAAGUAAGCAGGCAAACAAAAUGGUAGGAAGUUCAUAUUGCAUCAGCUCAAGAUGACCCAGGUUUGUUUGUUGUUAAUUUUCAAUCCAGCCAGAGGCAAGGAGUACACUUUAAAGAGUUUAGGGUAUAGUUUUCAAUCGACAAAAUAAAGAUAUUAUCUGACAAGGCAAGCAGUUGGGGUUUUUUUGUUUUUUUGUUUUUUUUUUUUUUUUUCAAAAUUACAUGGAGAUGAUCACUUACUUAUAUUUUUAAAUAUCUCUGUAGAAUAUACCCACAUUUCUUCAGCCCUGUGCUGAUGGGCAUUUUCACGAGACCUUUCCAACUGAUAAUUGGUCUUUUCCUCCUUGGGCCAUACACACUCCCUGACUCCUGCAUCCUUCCCUCCACCUGACGAUGAGGGAAGAAAGCAUUUCUCUGCUGUUCCGGUUCUCUGUUGCGUCUGUGAGGAGGUUUGUAAACUGUUUGUAGAAUACGGGGAAAACACACUUCUAAGCCUGAUAUUUAAGGUCAUACAAGAUAAGUUUGCUACCUAACUAGAAGUUAGUCGGGGAGGGGCAAUGUGUCUUUUUAUAUGAUUUUUAGCCAAAUCCAGAUGUUCUGAUACUACAUUUCUGAAUACUUUUCUGACUGUAAAUACCGCCUGCAGAGGUUCAGGUUGACAAACCUUUUCUGAGACUGUUCCUCAGUCAUGCUCCUUGCCAGCUUUUGGCACAUUGUACAUAGAUAUGUCGAAUGUUUCAAUAAUGUUGUUUUUCUAAAUGCUGUUCUCUAACACAUUUUUUUUUCUUUUGCCUUUGUUGUUCUGGACUUUGUGUGUCAGUUUUACAAAACAUUUCCUAAGAUUUAACACCAGGAAAAAUAUAUAUAUAUUUUAAAAUAAACUGGUGCUAAUUGGAAAAGAAGAAAAUUUCAGCUUCAAGAUUUACAAAAGAAAAUGUUCACACCAGUUAAACUGCACUUUCCCAAGGGGAUGGCUGCUGUCCACUUACAAUGGGCAUCAAGAGGACCAGCAGAAGUUUACAAUAUUGAUGGCCCGUUUGUGGGUAGAGCAAAGAGUCCCUGUCCCCCAGGGGGAGGAUUUGCUGGGCAGUCCUCAAAGCAUGCGGUAGAAGGAGAGGUGUAGAGUAAGUGCGCUUUAGAAAUAGUCUUCUGGUCUUUGGACUUUCAUGUUCUGUGAUGCUUAGCUGUUACGACGAAUAUGGUGUUGCCAACCUAGUCUGACGUCAUUGUCAACCUGUACUGACUCUGUGUAUGGUUCUACCCUUGGUUUGCACUGGCACGAACCAAGCCAGAACAGCGGUCUUUCAGAAAGACUGUUCUGAUUUCUAUGGUGUCAACACACAUGAACUUAGAUGCACUUGUAACUGGUUAAUUGCCAUGAAGUAAGUCUAACUUCCACUUAAUAAAAGUUUUUGUGUAU